AUGAAGGUCUGCGUCACGGGGAACUCUGAUAAUCUCUGCUCGCGGACAUCAGUCUUCGCUGUAGUUCUUUCUCCUGUUUUCUACCUGUCCUUGAUUUGUUCCUCGAUUUUCAUUGCAGUUUAACAUUGCCAACCCAACCACCGGUUGUCAGAAGAAGCUCGAGAUUGAUGACGACCAGAAGCUGUACUGUCUAGCAUACCCUCAAUUCCUUCUCCCCUUUCUCGUCUUAGAUGUCUUGGGGUGCAUUCCUAAUUGUGAGCACCUUCAUAGUUAUCUAUGCUCUCUUGUUUCACGAUUUUGGGAAACAGAUCUAUGCAGCGGAACCACUUAGUAUUAUCUAGGUUUUGGUAACAGCUCAUCCUCGGAAUUAGCCGUAAGGCUAGCUAUCGAUUUGUUUGCGUUCCUAUAAUAGCUUAAGUAGGUUAUGAGUGUUCUCCUAAAUAUGAACUUAACUAGUAUGGUCUCUUACUUUUGUUCACUGGUUGCAUCCUACAUUUCUUCAUUACUCUAGUUAUGCCAUUGCUGCUAUUGAUAUCAUAAUCAUGUGUAAUCCUUUUUGAACUGUUUGCAUAAUUCUCUCCACUAACUACAAACUGGAAAGUGGCCUUGUGUUUAAUGCAACUUCAUGGUUAUGCUAUUUGAACAUAGAAUGGGGUAAGUAGGCUUUUCUCCCGAAAAUGUAAAAGGGUUCCAACUUGAUUUAAAUCGAAUUGGUCAAGAUUCCUUGAUUAUAUUUUCUCUCAUUUGAACAUGUGAGGGCAUUGUCAUCUUAGGUAGCUACAAGAGACCCAAGUAGAAACUUCUGCGAUGUAGAAACUGUCCAAAUAUUUCAAGGAAGUCGUUCAACAUAGUGUGAUGUUCUUUGAUUUUGCAACAGAUGGGGGAUGGAACAGAACAACAGAUGGGGGAUGCAAUCGCCUAAACUAAGAAAUUUAGUCUUAAUUUUUAUUUUUAUGAUGUGUCAGAGACUACAUGAAAAUGUAGAAUAGUCAAAUAGCCAUUUUUGGAGACGGUAACAUAGGAACACUGACUAUUUUCGAUAAACGGUAACAUAAGAUAGAUGGUCUCGAAGUUUUGAUACUUGAAGUAUCCUAAAUGGAUGCUCCUCAAGAAAGGUAACUAAUUGUUCAGAAAUCCUGCAGCUGAAUUUUCUUGCAGUAAUGACAUGACACCCAGUCAUCUUCAAACAAAUGGUUAUCACCCUAUCUUUUAACCAAAGGGAUGAUGCAGAAUUUGAGAAUGCCUUUUUGGGUUUGCAUUGAUGAUCAGUCGCCGACAGGAAGAGAUUGAUUGAAUGUGAUUUUUAUCUAGUGAAACUUGAUGUCCUUAUAUCAAUCAUUUUUCUUCUAAUGUCGGAUUUUAAAUGACUAGUUAGGGUAUGGGGAUCACGUUAAUGAGAAGUUUUGAUCUAAUGGUGGAGGGAUGGAGAGGCAAGUUCUCGUCAAUGGAAGAGAUUCAAUUCUUUCAGUGAAUACUAGACUUCCAAAUUAUGCGACUUGUGCUUUCAUGUGUCUAGCUCUGGACGUGGAAGAUGUUGAUUUCACUUGGACUGAAAAUUGCAAUAAAUCUACCCUAGUCUUAUUGUUUGAAAUUUAUGUAGAGAAGAAAUCCAUUGUGUGAUACGUUUAACCAAUCUCAAAGUGAACCGCAAGUUGCUGUUCCUGUAAUUGAUUCAGCCAUACGGGAGUUUCUAUUUAUGUAAUGGGAUCUUAAGGCCAAAUAUGAAAUAUUUUUCGGGUGAUAAGUUCAGUUGUAGUGUAAUGGUUUUCUUGUCAUAAAUUGGGCUUACGAGCACUACAAGUAUAACAUUUAAUUUCUGUGAAUUUGAACUGCAAAAUAUUUCUUGAGUGUAGUAUAAAAUAUAUGUGAACUGCAUGGCAGGACAGUUGAAGAAAUUAAUAUUUGUUGCAUUAGGCAAGUGUGAAUAUUAACCUGGAAAAUAGCUAACAUUAGAGCUGGACAACUGUAUUAACAUUUGGCUCCCAUGUUUUUCGAAAUUGUUCUUGGUUCUUCCAUAGUUUUUUUUUGUUUACCUUGAGCCGAGUCCUCUGCACAUAUGGUUAUCGUCAAGAUCAUCGUUUUAUAAUUGGUCUGAUCUUGAAAAAAGUGUAUUUGGUUGUGAAAAGACUUUUAUUGUUUAUGGGACCAACAGUUCUGCAUUUGUUUUGGUGGUCUGAUUUUGAAAAGUCUAUCAGGUUGUAAAUAAGUUUUCUUAUAUAUGGGACCAAUAACUCCAAAUACGUUUUCGAGAUGGUCUGAUUUUGCAAAAGUGUGGAUGUAAGAUGCCCUACCGAGGAAGCCUGCCCCGUCUGAAUCUACACAUUUGCAUCAACGCAGACUUUGAGCCAAUAUGAGGUUGACAAGAGAUUUUUAGGUUGUUUGUCCAUUUAGCUAAGAGUCAUUUUGAUUUUGGAGCCUUAACUCCAAGGGUAGAUGGUUCUGAAGUGAUACCUAAUUUUAAAGUCGGCCGGCUUUGGGUCAUGGAGACAGUCGACGUUUUAGUGUGUCAUGGGAAACCUUGGUUGAAGCCAAGUAGAAUGAGGAACGGAAACCUAGUGAAUUAUGGUAGUAAUUUUUUUUCCAUUCCUGGGUUCUUUCUGAGACUGUGAUUUACGAGAUUUAGUAGAUCUUCUUGUUUUGAAUACAUCAAGUAACGUCCUAUUACUCUGCAGGCGAGCAUUCUAUGACAAGAGAAUCUCUCAGGAAGUCAAUGGAGAUGCUCUUGGAGAGGUAUUACACUUUAAUUUAUCAUUGAAUUGCUAAAUUUCAGUAAGGGAACAACAUUGGGAAAUUUCAUCAAUUGGGUUUGUUGAGAUAAGUCCAUUUGAAAGGCCUGGAUCAUUGUGUUAAUUACGUAGGAGACCAAGUAAUGUUGAUCAUGGAUCAUUUGUCUGGAAAAGGUAAAAUAUAGGUGUAACCGUACAACCUGGAUCUGAUUGGCGCGAAAAAUCCGCGUUCAAGAACAUUAAAAAUCACGCAUAACUAUAGUUGAAAUAUGGUUUCUAUUGAAUUGAAAACUUUGACGUUAAGCAGUACUUUGCUCAAUUAGUAUAAACUCCGACCGCCAUACUUGGAUUGAUGACAUUGAACUGGCUAAUUAUCCCAAUGUAGGAAUUCAAAGGGUACGUCUUCAAGAUUAUGGGAGGAUGUGAUAAACAGGGUUUUCCAAUGAAGCAGGGAGUUCUUACUCCUGGUCGCGUCCGCCUGCUUCUCCGCAGAGGUUUAACAGUCUUUUGCCCUCGGAAUAUUUUAUUGCUCCUUUUUUAUUUGAUCAUAACCCGUACGCAUAUCAUCAUGUCUCUUGCAUAGGUACGCCUUGCUUUCGUGGGUAUGGCCGCCGAAAUGGAGAGCGUCGUCGGAAAUCUGUUCGUGGAUGUAUUGUCAGCCCUGACCUUUCGGUGUUGAAUCUUGUUAUUGUGAAAAAGGGUAAUGCCAGGAUUUUCUCUUGUGCCCCCUCAUUUUUAUAUUAUUAUCUAUUGGAAGAGAUUGACACACAACGUAGAUGUGAAAUCUGUGUAUCUAUCUAUCUAUCUAUCUAUCUAUCUAUCUAUCUAUCUUCUCGUGCAUAAGCAGAAAUUAUUUUCAAUUUGCUGGUUUCCUUUUUUUGGGGUUUUUGUUUCUUUAGAUGCUCAUCGUUGGUAUUUUGAGUUCAGGUGAAAAUGACCUGCCUGGGCUCACCGACAUCGAGAAGCCCAGGAUGCGGGGUCCGAAGAGGGCUUCAAAGAUCCGCAAGCUCUUCAACCUUUCCAAGGAGGACGAUGUGCGUAAAUAUGUCAACACCUACCGAAGGACAUUCACGACAAAGUCUGGUAUGCUGUCCUCUCUCCUAUCCAAAAAACUUAAUCCACAUCCCUCCUAGCUCAAGGUGGGCACAUCCACACCUUCAAUGCGUGGGUAACACCUUCAAAUUCCUAAGGUUUCCAAAUUAUUAUGAAUAUUGCUCCUCCCUUUCUUUGGGUGUUUUUUUUUUUUUUUUUUUUUUGAGAACCGCGUGAGGCGGCAUCAUCUGAUCUCAAGUGUUCUUGUGUUCUUGUCGGAAUAAGGAAAUAAAUAGCUCUACAAAAUGACUUGUUGCCAAAGUCGUUUGUCAUGUUUGGCGUCAUAUUUGUUUCCCUCAAUUCUUUCCAUCUCCUUCCUCAGUGCUCUUCUCGUCUGUACCUUUUAUCUCAAUCCUCCUCAUCGUUCUACUCGUGCUGUUGAAUUUUUCAGGGAAGAAGUGUAGCAAGGCACCAAAGAUCCAGAGACUGGUGACCCCGCUGACCCUGCAGAGGAAGCGGGCAAGGAUCGCACAGAAGAAACAGCGGAUCGCCAAGGCCAAGUCAGACGCCGCAGAGUACCAGAAGCUGCUGGCGGCCAGGUUGAAGGAGCAACGCGAGCGGCGGAGUGAGAGCUUGGCCAGGAAGAGGUCCCGCCUCUCUGGUGCCUCAAGGCCUUCUGCAACAGCUGCUACUUGA